GUGACAUGACGUUUCGUAUCUGAGAACGACUCCGUGUACAAUUUUAUAAUUUCAUGAAAAAAUAUUAAGAAUAAAGUGAAAGUUACACAUCUGUGUAUCUCAUUUAAAAUAUGGUUGUGCUAGAAGGUGAGGCCGGAGACGGCAAGCAAAUACCCACCGAAGAAGCUGAGAAAGAUGAAGCGAAACCUCCGACUCUGUUAUCUUUAGAAAUUUUCCGAAUCACGAAGGACGCCCAACAGCAGCAUGGUCUGCGUCAUGGCGACUACCAGCGCUAUCGCGGAUACUGCUCGCGUCGUUUGCGCCGCCUGCGAAAAGUGCUUAAAAUCCCACAGGGCGACCGACGUCACUACCGGCGGCGCGACGUGACAACCGUCCACUUGACAGGCACCACAGCCGAGAGCCGCCUGCUAUGUGUGCCGCUGCUUCAAGCCGAGCGCGCCUGGGCUUUCGCCAUGCAGUUGCGACAGGAAGCCAACACUGAACCUCGGAAGAAGUUCCAUUUAAUCUCCCGGCUCAAGAAGGCGUACGCUCACGCGCAGACGUUGUUGCAAUUGGCUGAGCAAAGCGGCGUGUGCGACGCGCGCACGCAGCUGGAGGCGGGCGCGUACGCGGCGUGGCUGGGCGGCGCGCUGCUGCUGGAGCUGCAGCAGUGGCGCGCCGCCGCCGACAGCCUGCAGCGGGCGCAGCUCGUGCUCGACAAGCUGUGCGCCGCGCUGCCGCAAGACGAGCGCACGCUCUACAAGCAGAAGGUGGAAGAGUUGAAGCCGAGCCUGCGCUACUGCGCGUACAACAUCGGCGAUCAGUCGGCGGCGGGCGACCUCGUGGCCAUGCGCGGGCAGGGACUCAUCGAGAACCUCGACACGCUCAUGGCGCAGGCCAAGGAGUCCCGUUCAGGCGUGAUGCGCGAGGUAGAGUGGCGCGGUCGGCGAGUGACGGCGCGGCCCGAGAAGGUGCGCCUGUUCCUCAUCACGCUGCAAGACUUGGACAAGUCCGUGGCCGACGCCGCCACCGCCCAAGCCAAGAUCGACAUCUUAGAGAACAUCCUCAUGGAUUGUAAAGACGCCAUCUCUGCUCUGAAAGACGAAAUGAAGAAUGAUCCCAAGCUCAAAACCGCUUCGGAAACUCAAAUAUCGGGAGUCAACUAUCUUCUCUCCUACUUGAUGUACCUACGCCUGAUGCGUACUAUUGAGAGGAAUAACUUGCUAGUGCAGCAAGCAGAGGAGGCAAGGAGGAAUAAUCAGCAGAUAGAUGGCAAGAAGGUCCGGCCGCACGACCUCACGCGCCUCUAUGAGAUCAUCCUGCAGAACUAUACAGAGCUUCAACAGCUGCCCGGAUUCGAGGACGACGCCGCGUACCAGAAGGAGAUCGAGACUCAGAUGACGGCGUACCGCGCCUUCCGCUGCUACUACAUCGCGCAGGUCCUCACCGGGCUGCGUCGCUUCCGCGAGGCUCUCGCCAUGCUGGAACGUUGCAGUGCAUACACCGCCGAGUCCAUCGCCAGCAAGCUCGACGACAAACAACUCGUGGAGAAGCUCAACGUGCUGAAGAAAGACAUAGAGAGCUGCAAGUUUGAAGUGCACGCCGAUUCUGUUCUAGAAGAUGACGAGGAAGAUGAAGAGACCAAGUACACUUCUAGCGGGAAGCCGUACAAGGAUAAAAAGCCAUUGGUGGAGCGUUUGGACGAGUACAGGGAGGACACACAAGUCCUGACCAAAAACCCCAAUUUGUACAAGAUCCCGCCGCCAAUGGAAGCUAUUCCCUGCAAGCCGUUGUUCUUCGACCUGGCGUGCAACUUCGUAGAGUUCCCCAGCUUGGAUGAUAAGACAGGUGCUGCAGACAGCAAGAAGGGAGGCGCUGGUAUAACAGGGCUCGUCAAGGGCUUCCUCGGCUGGGGCAAGAGCGACAAGUAAUUGGCGCGGUCUGCACGGGUUUGAAGUAUAUCGCAGGCUUCGACAAAGGACCAGAUGCCACCAAUGCGGAGCUGUGUAUGACGCACACCACGUGUCAAUAACGAUAUUCUAUUGGUUGUUUAUACACAGCUCGGCAUUGGUGGAGUCCGAGUGUUAUAACCGUACGACGUUUAUCUAUGUAAAUAGCAUUCGUUCCGUCUAUUGGUCGAAACGCUCGGUUACCGCGCCGUGCGCGAUAGCAAACCCGUGAAACGGCCGUAGCUCUCCAUACAUUUAUAUGUUUUAAAGGGAUUUUGUUUAUAUCAGGAAAUAUAUGUAUCUAUAUAUUA